AAGUAUCUUUUUUCUCAAUUUGAAGACCAAGCUUUGGUGUUCCUUGUCCUAGUCUUGGUUGUCUCCUCUUAAUCCUAGUCACUAAUUAGGGAAAGGAAGGAUCUGUGUCAUAAUGACUCCCCAGGGUCACAGUGACACAUAAUUACUGAACAGGGUGUGGGAAUAACUCUUGACAAAAAAAGAGAAAGGAAAACAACUUUGAUGAUGCUCUUCGGGAUGCCUGUUUAGAGCAAUGUCUGUGGAGAGGAGGCUGUUCGGGGAAUGACACUGUUCAAGGGAAUGAGAAAGACUUGUGGCCCUUGGAUAUCACUUUCCUGUUUAAAUCUGGGAAUGAAUCUACCACAGACAAUGUCAGAGAUGAAGAGCCAGAGCACUAAUAAGGUCAUUCCCUGGAAGCAGCUUCCUUUGGAGAACUUCACCAUGGUCACUGAAUUCCUGUUGCUGGGCUUUUCUAACCUCAACAAAAUGCAGUUUGUUCUCUUUGGUGUCAUUCUCUGCCUCUACCUGGUCAUUCUGAGUGGAAACAUCACUGUUAUCACUACAAUCUGCCUGGAGCACAGCCUCCAUACUCCUAUGUACUUCUUCUUGAGUGUCCUUUCUGUCUCUGAGACCAGCUACACUUUAGUCGUCCUACCCAAGAUGCUCCUCAACCUCUUAUCUGUGCUCAGGACAAUAUCCUUCACCAGUUGCGUUGCCCAAAUGUUCUUCCUUCUUGGCUUUGGCACCACCAACUGCCUAUUGUUGGGUGUGAUGGGUUAUGACCGCUACACUGCCAUCUGUCACCCUCUGCGCUACCCAGUCCUCAUGAGCUGGUGGAUCUGCAAGUUGAUGGCAACCACUUGCGGCAUAAGUGGCUUUCUGGUUUCAAUAUUCGGUACAUUUUUGGCCUUUAGUCUACCAUUCUGCAACUCCAACAGAAUCAAUCACUAUUUCUGUGACAUUGCACCUGUCAUUCGUCUUGCCUGUGGGGACCCCUAUAUCAAUGAAGCAAUUAUAUUGAUUGCUGGAAUUGUGGUACUUGUUGUACCUUGGAUGUUCAUCUGUAUCAGCUAUGGCUUCAUUAUCAGAACUAUCCUGAGGAUCCCAACAACUGAAGGGAAAAAGAAAGCCUUUUCCACUUGUGCUUCCCACCUCACAGUGGUUGUAUUCCACUAUGGAUGUGCAUCUUUUGUCUACUUGAGGCCCUCAUCCAAACAUACAACUGACAAGGACAAACUGGUGACUGUGACUUACACCAUUGUCACUCCUCUAUUGAAUCCUAUGGUUUACACACUCAGAAACAGGGAAGUUCGGGUAGCCAUUCAGAAGGUGAUGAACUGGAGAGGAUUUUCUCCUAAAAUCAUAUAACACAGAUAUAGACUUAUAUGCAAAAAUCUAUAAGCUACACCUAUAGUCAUAGAUAUGGUUCAGGUGCUAUUGUCUGGGCUUGAUGCUUCUCAAACCUAUUUAGAAUUUUCCUCCUCUGGCCAGUCAAGUACCAGGGAAAGGUGUACCAAAUAUUAUCAGAUCUACUAUGGGAAGAAAUGUAUUCUACCACCUAAUUGUCCACUAGAUUUAGAAAGAUCUUAGAAUAGUCUUUAAAAAAUACCCUUCCCUUCCCUCUUGGAAUCAAUAUUAUGUAUUGGUUCCAUGACAGAAGAGCAGUAAGGACUAGACUAUUAGGUUUAAGUGACUUACCGAGGGUUACACAGCCAGGAAUUGUCUCAGGCUAGAUUUAAACCCAGGACCUCCCAUCCCUAGACCUGGCUCUCAAUCCACUGAGCUACCCAGCUGCCCCCUUAACAUGGUCUUUAAGAAGUGGUUGUUAUAUUUUAGUUCUCCUUUGAAACAUGUCCUUAUGUCAAUGGAGUGCAGGCACAGGGCAAAUAUUCUAUAAGAAAUAUAAUUGCAGUUAUCUUGGAAGAUCAUUUUCACCAUAGGCUUAACCAUUACUGGUAAAGUGACUUUAGACAUGCAAGAAUGGUACCAAGUAUUGUUGUAAGAUAUUACACACCCAGUGGAUGAAUAUUCACACAAAAACACACAUACACACAUAUACACUCACACAUUUUCACCUUUCUCCUGUCAAUUUUUAAAAGUCAAUUAUAUUAGGCACUGGAUAUUAAAAAAAAAAACCCAAAACCAUGGCUCCUAUCUUCAGGGAAUUUACAUUCCCUUAGGAUUAGAUAGAUGAUAGAUAGAUAGAUAGAUACAUAGAUAGAUACAUAGAUACAUAGAUACAUAGAUACAUAGAUAGAUAGAUUUGUAUAUAUAAAUAAAGAUAAACAUAUAUAUAUAUAUAUAUAUAUAUAAGAAGGGAGAAAAAAUUAACAACUAGAAGGAUCAGUAAUAAGAUUUGAAAAGGAAUUAAAGGCAUAAAUGUAACAAGAUGAAAGACAAUAAUUCUUAUUUUAGAAGACAACAAAAAAUAGGGAAAUGAUCUUCCCAGAGUCAUGUAGCUAUUAACUAUCUGCAUCCAGAUUUAAACUCAGGUCUUCCAUAUUCCAGGCCUCAUGAUCUAGGCAUUUGCAUGACCUUGGUGUUCCUAUGAUCAAGAAUCAGUUGUAGUUAAAUAAGACAUAAGGGUAUUGUUAUGUUUUGAUGAUCUUAGGAAAGGAAAGGAAAGGAAAGAGAGUGAAAAAGUGGUAGGAAAGGUGAAGAAAGUGGGGGGAACUUGUUAGGAUGCAGCAGUGGAAACCAAUAUAAAUGAAAGAUUGGGGGAAAAGGCAUAUAGCUUUCUCUUUCUCUCUCCCAUACAUACAAACACAUGUGCACACAUUCAUACAUACAUGCAUAUUUUGACACAAAAAUACAUUAAUCUCAGAAGGGAAACAUAACUGUAGAAACACUAGAUACAAUAGAUAUAUAUUGAAUAGGAAUUUUUAAAAGGGUACGCAUAUUUAUUAGCUAUUAGUGACACUUUAGCAAAAAUUGGCACUGUAUUAAGACAUAAAAACCUCAACUACAAAUACAGAAAAAAGAAAUAUCAAACACAUUCUUUUCUGAUGGCAAUGUAAGAAGAUGGUGUUCAAUAAAAAAUCCAAUGAAGAAAUAAUUAAAAGUAAUAGAAACUAAAUAAAGAAAUUCUAAAGAAUUGGUAAAUCAGAGAAAAAAUGAUAGAAACAAGAGAAAUUAUCUAGAGCUAAGGACAAUUAGAACAUUCUAAUAUUUUUAUACCAAAGCAUAAAAUUAAACAAAUAAAAUGAAAUGACAAAAGUAGCAAAAAUGAGAAAAUUAGCCAAUUAAAAAUCCAAAUAAAUGACAAAAAUGCAAAUUCUGAAAAUCAAAAAGGUAAUAAUAAAAAUAAAAGCAAGAAAAAACUUCUGGAAUUAAUAAAGAAAACUAGAUUUAUUUUUAACCAAUGAAAAUCAAAUUGUUAGUCUCACAGGUAUAAAAAGAAUUAAUAAGUAAUGAAGAAAUAAGAGAAAAUAUUGGAUUCUAUUUUAUCCCACCAUAUGCCAAUAAAACCAUGAACUCAUGUGAAAUAAAAAUUUAUGAAAAUAUAAAAUACACAGAUUAGAAGAAUAAGAAGAGAAUUUAAAUAACCUAAUUUCAGAAAAAGAAACUUUAAUGAGAGACAAAUGAGUUAUCAAAUUGGAGGGAUGGAAUUGGGAAGAGGAAAAACCCCAACAACCUUGAGAUCAGUUAUAUUUACAAAGAAAUACUAUCAAAGUUUCAAAGAACAGGUAAUCCCAAUACUAUAUAGAUCAGUGAUGGCAAAACUUUUAGAGAUGGAGUGUAGGCCCCACCCAUGCCCCACCCCCCAGUACCAUGGCAACUUCCCCAAAAGACUGAGUGCUAUCCUCCCAUCCCCUAACCCUCCCACCAUACCCCAAACAGGGGAGGAAGAAAGCACUCCCAAUGGGCUGAUGGGUGGAGGGGUGGAUAAAGUUAAAAAAUAUCCUUAUUGUAGGUGAAGAGAGGUAGGGGUGAGGCCCAAAUGGUCUGCUCCAGAUCUGCAACCUGUGAGUCAACCACCUUACCCCCUAUGAGCUCCCAUAGGUUGCUGGGCAGAGAGGAGGGGGAUGUGAAAAAUUGUCUGCAGGCACAAUGAAGUGGGAGAUGAGAGCAUCUCUGACUGCCUUUCUAGUAAGGAACUGUGGGGGUAUGGGGCUCAUGUGCCAUCUUUGGCACCCAUGCCAUAGGUUUGCAUUCACUGAUAUAGACAGCAAAAAUGAGAAAACAUGAUCUUAUGAAACCCUAUCUGUAAUAACAAUAUGAUAUUAAUACUUAAACCAAGGAAUGUCAAGACAGAGAAAUAAAAAUAUGUGCUAACAUCAUUAAUGAUCAUGGACACAAAUAUCUUUAAUAAAAUAUUUUCAUAGAGAGUAUAAUAAAUUAUCACAAAGUUUAUUACUAGGAUUACAAAGUUUAUUCAAAGUUUGGAAUACU